AUGGGAAGUGGAUCUAGUAUCCUUUCUCCAGGAAUUAAUAUCCAUGGUAAAAUUACAAAGAGACUUUUUGAAAAUAGCAAAUUGAUACCAUAUCAAUCAUGCCAAUCCUCUAAACAGUUCACAUGUAAUCCAGAAGGCAAUAUUAAUGAUAUUAACGAUGGAAAAUCGGUUCAUUCAAUUGAUCAAACCAUAACAAAUUAUAAAGUCGAAAGUUUCUAUUAUGAUGAAGAUUAUCUAGAUAAAAUUGAAGACGAUGAUAAUGAAGAAGAUAUAAUAAAUAAUAAAACACAAAGUUUCAAAUUAGAACAAAAUAAACUUAAAGUAGAUAAUACCGUUGAAGGAGAGGAACAUUAUAAUACUCUAAAUAACAAUGAUAAUUUAUAUGAGCACAAAGAAGAAACUGAUCAUAACCCCUUUCUUCAACCUGACAAACAAUGUUAUGAAAGCCUGAAAGAUAACAUAAGUGAAAAUUCGAUUAGGACAAUACUUAAUGACUUGAAUACUAGCUGUACAAUAGAAUAUUUAAAAUCAUUAGAAUAUCCAAAGUUACUACAAAAUGAUCUAUCACUAUCUAUAACAUCAAUGAAUUCAUUGUGUACUCAAACUACUUCGAAUAAUAAUGGACAAAGAAAUGAUAAACAGAAAUUUCAAAUACAACCUAAUACUACUUAUAUUGGUAAUUCAGUAGAUUGUUUAACAUCUUCAAUGGAUAAAUCUGAAAUAGAUUCUAUUCUAGUUAUUCAAUCAUCUAAUAUAAAUAAUAAACAAUUAAAAUCAAACUUUACACCAUUAAUUGAUAAUGUACAAAGUUAUUUAAAUCUAUUAAAACAUAAUAUGUAUGUACAAUGUAAUAUGAAUAGUGAACAUGUAGACAAACUUUGUUACCAAGAGAAUGUAGUUGAUGAUUUAGAUAAAAGUUUCAAUAUAAAACUCAAUGGAUCAAAAUGGGAAACUAUAAAAAAUGAAAAUCAAUAUGAUGACGUAAUGAAAUUAUCAAAACAAAUUCCUAUCGUCUCUAUGAAUAGUUGUCAAAUUAUGGAUUGUACAAAGCCUAAUACAACUAGUUGUUCAGAAAUCGAUCAUGAUAAUGAAGAAUAUUUAUCAUUAAAUGAUUAUCAAUUUGAUCAAAUAUAUCAUGAAAAGUUUCAAUUAAAAUCAAAUUAUGAUCCAUUUGGUUUAGAUGAGGAAUAUAAUAAACCUGAUUCAAUUAAUCAUAGAAACUUAGUGGAUAUAUCUUUACCAAAUAAUAAUGAAUAUGAAAUUCAAUCUGUUACUCAUGAAUUGAAUAGUCAAUCAGAAGAACCAAUUAGUGUUGAUAUUUGUAAAGAAGGUUAUAUUUAUACACCUAUUGUAAUCGAAAAGAUUGAUAGUUCUACAAUGAAUACAAUUGAGACAAUUCAUUCAGUUCAAACUGACAAAAAAUGUAUAAAAACAACUGAAUCCUAUUUAACUGAACAAGUUUUAAUGAGAAAAGAUACUGAUGAAAUUGAAAUGAAUGAAGAUAAUAAUGUCUUGGACAAUUAUGAAAAAUCAAUAUUAGUAAACAAUGAGCAUUCAAAUCAAUCCACUAUAACUAAAAUAAUAAACGAAUGUACUGUUGAAUUUCAUAGGCCAAUCUAUGUUCAAGUGGUAAAUAGUUUACAUAACGAUUAA